UUCUCGAAAUAUUCAGACAAAAGGGGAUGGUUGUCCACACGUUGCAUCAUCUAACGUUAGAAUGAACGUAUCGAAAUAAUUGAAUUUCUCUGGUAUUCAUUGAAUAUCUGCUAUCGAGAUGCCUACUGUUGGUGUGAAAAGGGACCUUCUCUUUGAAGUUUUAGGGAGAACUUAUACUGAUGAAGAAUUUGACGAGCUCUGCUUUGAAUAUGGCCUUGAACUUGAUGAAGUGACCUCAGAGAAGACGAUGAUAGAGAAGGAACAAGGAACAGAUAAAGCAGAGGGAGCUUCAGAUGUUGUCAUCUACAAAAUUGAUGUACCUGCUAACAGAUAUGAUUUACUUUGUCUUGAGGGCCUUUCCAGAGGAUUACUUGUUUUCCUCCAAAAAAUGGAAGCACCGAGAUACAAGGCUAUUUCACCUAAACAGGGAACUCUCCAACAAAUGUUCAUUAAACCAGCGACAGCUCAAGUGAGGCCCUAUGCUGUUGCAGCCAUCAUGAGAAAUAUCACCUUUGAUAAAGAUAAAUAUGAUAGCUUUAUCGAUCUUCAAGAUAAACUUCAUCAGAAUUUAGGAAGGAAAAGAAGCUUGGUUUCCAUGGGAACCCAUGACCUGGACACAAUCCAAGGGCCGUUCUAUUUCGAUGCUCAACCCCCGGACCAAAUCAAGUUUGUUCCUCUAAACCAGGUCAAGGCAUUCACAGCUGUAGAGCAGAUGGAGAUGUAUUCCUCCGACAGUCAUCUACGUCACUACCUCCCUAUCAUCAGAGACAAGCCCGUCUAUCCUAUCAUCAAGGAUAGCAACGGUGUCGUCCUGUCCAUGCCUCCAAUCAUAAAUGGUGACCAUUCAAAGAUCAAGCUGACCACCAAAAACGUCUUCGUUGAGAUCACCGGCACUGACCAUAAUAAAAUCAAGAUCACUCUUGACAUCUUAGUUGCCAUGUUCAGUCAGUACUGCAAGGAACCAUUCAUUAUGGAAUCUGUGGAGGUGAUCAAACCCGAUGGUACCAAGGAUCUGUUCCCAGAGCUGAAGUAUAGGACAGAGAAUGUUCCUGUAGAACUCAUCAACAAAAGAGUUGGAAUUAGUGAGUCUGCUGAUAGAAUAGCAAACCUACUUACCAAGAUGUGUCUUCCCAGUAAAGUCAUUGAAGGAGGCAAGAAGCUGUCGGUGGAAGUUCCUCCAACGCGAUCAGAUGUCAUUCAUGCCUGCGACAUCAUUGAAGAUGUUGCCAUCGCCCACGGAUACAACAACAUCACUAAGACGAUACCCCAAACAAACACGAUCGCUGAACAGUUCCCCAUCAACAAGCUCACCGAUCUCCUGAGGUUGGACAUCUCGGCCGCAGGUUUCACGGAGGUCCUGACCUUUGCAUUGUGCUCAAGGGAUGAUAUUGCGGAUAAAGUUCAGGUUGAUCUUGCCAAGACCAAGGCUGUUCACAUCUCAAAUCCAAAGACAGCUGAAUUUCAGGUCGCAAGGACAGCUCUCCUACCUGGAGUCUUAAAGACCAUCUCCUGCAACCGAAAGAUGCCGCUUCCUAUCAAAGUCUUCGAGAUCUCAGACGUCGUUCUUCAGAAUCCAGAGAAAGACGUUGGUGCGGAGAACAGGAGACAUUUCUGCGCUGUUCACUAUAACAAAUCACCUGGAUUCGAGGUUAUACACGGCUUGUUGGACAGGACGAUGCAACUCUUACAAGUUCCCUUCUCAAAAGAAAAUGGCUACCAUUUGAAGUCUGCGGAGAAUCCAACCUAUUUCUCUGGUCGCUGUGCUGAGGUCAUUGUCAGGGGCAAGUCCAUCGGCUACGUGGGCGUCCUCCAUCCCAACGUUGUCAGCAAGUUUGAAUUGACCAAUCCCUGUGCGGCGCUGGAGAUAUUCAUUGAACCAUUCCUUUGAUGAUAUUUAUUCUCUGUGCAAGCAGAUUAGGGUAGUGAAUGCAAUAGAGACAAUAUGAAUAGGUAGUUUUCACAUUACUACAGGGAAACUCUCUACAACACAUCGAUUCCUUUAUAAACGCAAUUUAGAUCACAAUGGGGAGCUGAGAGGCUUUUGUCAAAAGUUGUUGGACUGGGACAGCAGAUUAUCCGAAAAUUUGCACCGCACGAACAAUUGCUAAUAUGUUGUUGUCCAGAUUCAAGAGAUUCCGAUGCUCUCCC